CACAGCCUCGAAGUCGAGUCGUGAAGAUCGGAAAGACAACGUUUUUAUUUUCACUUUAAACUGUGAUUUGUUUUGAUCAAAAGUGGUAAUACUUGUGAGUAUCAACGGUCCUUCUGAUAAUAGGACCACCCGGAAACGUGGAUUCAUUUUUUGCCAUGGCGACCCAAAAAAGUCAUAAUGAGGGAGCCUUCUUGUCCCUGAUGAGAGACUUAAAAGAAGUGGACCUGCGUGGCUCUGAUGUUCCCAGCGCCCUGUUGCUGACUGGAGAACAUGCAUUUCCUUUGGUCAUAAACAGCCAAGGCCAGGUGCUGAUGGCCGCCUCUCGGUACGGCUCCGGAAGAAUUGUGGUCCUGGGACAUGAAGGGUACCUGACAAAAUUAACCGAUCUGGUGGAAAAUGCGGUCCUUUGGCUGAGAGGAGAUGGCAACCCGUUGGUGGGGGUCAACCAGAAUGUUAAUGCAGUGGCUGUUCAUCUCAACAAAUCCAGUAUCCCAACCAAAGUUGUUGAGGCAUUCCAAAAGAGUUUGAAUCUUGGUGUGUAUGUAACAGACGCCUCCAGCGUAACUACAGAUGGGAAGGACCUGGUGGCAUUUCUGAAAAACGGUGGAGGGGUGUUGAUUGGAGGGCAAGGAUGGAGUUGGGCCUCAGACCACCCAAAGGAGAACACGCUGCUUGGAUUUGGAGGGAAUAAAGUGUCUGCUGUGACCGGUAUCUACUUCUCUCAACAUUAUGCCGAUGCUGAAUUGGUGCCCGUCUACCCUCAGAUUCCAGCUUCUUGGAUGCGUGUAGUAUUGGACAAAGAGUUGGAGGAUGACUUGGAAUUCUUACUUCAGGGGAUAUCUGAGUUUGACAUUACGGGCAACGGGAUUGCUUCGGAGAUUCUAGUUCAUGGACGGCUCGCCUUCCCAAUCGGAAUGACAGAAGAUGCACGGCCCUUCCUGGCAGCCUCUUAUUAUGGCCUUGGACGUGUUAUUGUUGUGAGCCAUGAAGCAUUUUUGGAACGAGAGGAACUGGCUCCAUUUUGGACCAAUGCUAUUCACUGGUUGGAUGGAGGGCGACACGGGACUGUUGGCAUCCUGCAACAUAAAGCCCUCGACAAUCUCAAGAAAUCUGGGUUCAAGUGUGAGAAGAGCGACUUCAGGAACGACCUGAGUGUAUUUGUUUGUUCCGCAUACAGUGACAAACAUGCACAAGAGAUCCACAACUUUGUGGCGGAGGGGGGAGGUCUGCUGAUUGGUGGCCAUGCUUGGUACUGGGCACAGUCACACAAAGACCAAAACCCCUUCACAGAAUUCUCAGGGAACAAGAUCCUGAACAAAAUGGGCUUGAGCCUGUUGCCUGACACCAUUCAGGGCGGUGUUUUCAAAGCCUCUGUGCCCAGCCAGAUUGGGAAAGACACGUAUCACUUCUGCCACCUUCUACAACGCUUUGUCGCUCACGUAACAAAGGAAGAGGAACUUAGCGAUAAUGAGGAACAACACCUGAAAAGAUUUGGCAAAGACUGUAGUGCCUUCUUAAAAAUGGAAGCUCAUGAUCGCUGUUCAUACGCUCAAGUCCUGUCCAGCCUUACGCACGUCCUGAAGAAAUCAGGCCUCCCUCAGGUGUGUGACACCUGCCCAGUGAAAAGCCCCAAAGAGCAUCUCCUGCUCAACAUGGGCCCCGAGGUUUACAAGGUUUGCCCCAAUCCUGACAGCCUGUUGCCUUACCUCAUCAAGGAGAAACCCUUGUUGCCUGUUGUCUAUAAUUACAGGAUCCCGUUGAAUGUCAACACAGCGGAACGUGAAGAGUGGAUCAGUACUGGGCUCUAUCUUUCUCAUGGUAUAAAGACCUACAUAGCGAUUCCUGAACAGAUCGUCAACAAGGGAUGGAAGGUCCAAAUUGGUUGUCAAACAGACUAUCUUAAGCAUGAGGAACUGAAGAGAGCACCCAGUGUUCACACGCAAUUUCCCAUUGAGACUGAGAUGAUCCAGGUGUGGAAUUUGUGGGGAGGUCUCAUCUACUUGGUGGCCCCACCUAAAACCCAAGUGGGUGGGGUAGAAAUCACAGUGCAGGUAGCUGUGCCAGCACCUUAUUAUAAAUCGGGUGUGACAACACUAGCCAAUUGGGCCAUGCUGCAAACAGCUCCUUCCCCUUGGGCAGAGUUGGAGUUUGAAAAUAUCAUCCUCACAGUACCAUCAGAUGUCGUCAGGAAUCUGGAUAGACCAGAUUUGCUGGCAGCUUUCUGGGACGCAAUCAUGAAAGGCAUUGCUGACUUAGCCGCCAAGCCGCACAAGUUCCCUCGCAAAGAACGCUUCGUUGCGGAUGUGCAGAUUUCCUAUGGUUGGAUGCACGCCGGGUACCCCAUCAUGAUGCACAAGGCCUCGGCAAAUGCACUGGUCAACCUGGAGCUUGCCAAGACUGAAGGCCUAUGGGGGCCGAUCCACGAGCUUGGCCACAACCAGCAGCGAGAUCCCUGGGAGUUCCGGCCACACACUACAGAGUGCACGUGCAACAUUUGGUCGGUGUACAUCAAUGAGGAGGUGUUAGGGAUCAGCAGGGAAAAGGCUCAUGGAGAUGUCACUGCAGAAAAGAGAAAGAAACGAUUGGAGGAAUUUGUAAAAGGAGGCAGGCAACUCAGCAAAUGGGAGAUGUGGGUGGCUCUUGAAACAUAUUUGCAGCUCCAGGAAAGAUUUGGCUGGGAUGCCUUCAAGAAGGUGUUUGCUACAUACCUCAAGAUAACCGAAUAUCCAAAGGACAACAACGGCAAGAUGAAUUUGUAUGCGGAGACUUUCUCCAAAACCGUGGGGAUGAACUUGUGUGGAUUCUUUAAGGCAUGGAGCUGGCCAAUAGAGAAGGCAACAGAGGAGAAAGUAGCCAACCUUCCAACCUGGGUGGACCACCCAAUGGUCCGGUUUGGUUGAAUGAGCUACGUUGUCAAAUGUGUCAAGAUCUGUGCUUUGCCUUCAUUAAGGUGGCUCUUUUCAAUAUAUUUUGCCAAGUGU